GUGUACCUGCAGCUAGGUGUUGCAUACGACGAGAACAACGUCGCUGGCCUCGUCGCAAAAGGUCUGAUGUUGUGCCUCGCUGGAAACAUGCUUAAGAUAUUCAACAGGAAGCGUUUGACAGACAACGACGAAGCCGUGAAUGAGCUUGGGCUCUUGCAAGCUUGCCGCGGGCUUCUGGCUAGAGUGUUCAAGCGGUGGCUCGUGCAAGCCGGGUGCAACGGCAAUCUGGACAUCGGGGUUGGAGCGCCUGCCAAGUCUUCAGAUAAACAAAACGCGUACGCCGAGCAGAAAGCGAAGAAUCGGAGGAUUGCUCUGCGUUGGGUGAACGGGGAACCUACCAGCGACCUUCUCGUUAUCAGGGGCGGUCUAGACACGCUGUUCGCCGACGCCAACCGCCAGUUCAUAACAACCGAGGGGUCUUUCUGCGUGGUGACGCCUGAAAGCAGCAUCACUGAGUAUUGGAGGCGCUUGGCGUUCAGAAUGGCAAGCAGGGCGGCUGCGGAGUACACGAGGCAGUUGCCCCACUGUUUGCCGGGCCCCUUCACGAAACGCAUCAUGGACACAUCCGACUUCGAGUCUCCAGAGCUGAAAGGGUUCCUGACGCUGCUCAUGCUGAUGGGGUACGCGGACACUGCGGAGUUUGGGGGCGCGAACGCAGAGGCAUUCGCCCACAGGCUGAAGGUUCGGAGCCUUGAAGUGCUGGAGUGGCUGCGCGCCGACGAAGUGAGCCAGUGCCGCGCAGCGUUCAACGCGGGGGGAGAUGGCGAUGAAGAUCCACCCAGCAGCAAGGCCAAACAGAAGCAGAAGCGCGGCGGAGGUGGCGAGUGGAGGGCGUUCGUCAGCAGCCAGCUAUACCAGGGCACUACGGACUUCCAUGAGAUGCCACCCCGCUACUGGGCACGGACCGAAGCAGAGAGGCAUGACAACAUUCGAGCGGGGGCUGUCGGCGCAGAUCUGCACAGGCAAGGGCAGCGUGCAUUCGGGCCGACACUGAAGGAUCGGCGCGCGCAUGAUUUGCACAACGAGGCUCUCGCGUUCGACCGCCGACGCCCUUUGGAGGAUAUCGCUUGCGCGUCGUCGGCCCCAGCACCGACCGCCGCGGCGAUGGAGGGCCGCGCGGAGGACCGAGUGCAACAUACGAUGGCUUGGGUUACCGCCGUCUGCAAGUUUGAUCAUCAGCGGCGCCAAUGGCGUGAAGAGCGGGGCGCCGCGGUGAUCAAGGAGUUUGUCAGGGCACAGUCAGACGAGAUUCUACGAGAAGUGGUAUCUCGCAUCAAGGGGGUGAGCCCUUGGGCUGGGAAGCUCGCGGCAAAGCCUGCCCUGAGGCUUCCAGGGCUUGAUAUUACUUGUUGCGAUGCCUGCUUCGAGACUGACUUCUUGACUUUCUCUACUGCCAAGAUGCGUGCCACUGCCCCGAGAGCUGGGGGCAAUUGGGCGGCAACCGUGGAUAACCAUUGGACGGCCGGCCACAGGCCAGCGCUCGAAGGAGAGUGGCGCGGGCCUACGACGUGCGAUGACACACAGACGCAAUGUUAUAAGUACGGGUUGUGCAUAUGUAGCAAGCCAGGCCGCAAAGUUUUGCGAUUGCGCAACUCCGUGCUGACAGCGAUCAAGGAUAUCGGCCCCUUGCGCUCUGACAAGCGGGACAUGCUGGUCGAUGGCUUCACGGCGAUGCGCCUCACGGGCGCCCCCGUUGACCCCGUGUUCGCUGGAUUUGAUGGCCCAGAGCUCGAAGCAACGGACUCGGCUGUG